GUUACCAUAUAUACACAUAGAGGCACUCAGAUAUAUAGAUAGUGCCCUCCUCUUCUUCCCCUUCUAUUUCUCUAUCUACUUUAUCUCCCCUACUUUCUCUCUCUAUAUAUAUACACAUAUAUAUCAGUUGAUAUAUAUAUAUAUAUAUAUAUAUAUAUAUAUUUGUCUUCCUAGAUAGCUCUUUCUUUCUCGUGUGUGUGUGUGUAAAGAUGAUGUACGAACAGCAACAAGUUAAGAUUGAUGGGAGGAAGAAGACAGACAGGAGAAGAGCGCCAAUACAAGAAGCUGAAAGGCUUGAAAUUGUGGAUUUGAGUGGGAUGUCUUUGGAGUCUCUCCCUAACCCUUCUCUCAAUUUAGGCACCAUCUGCAAAUUAGACCUCUCCAAUAAUAAUCUACAGGGCAUACCAGAGUCUCUAAUAGCAAGAUUGCUAAAUGUGGUGGUGCUGGACGUGCACUCAAAUCAGCUCAAGUCCCUCCCAAAUUCAAUGGGGUGUCUCUCAAAGCUCAAGACUUUAAAUGUUUCCGGCAAUCUUCUUGAAUCACUCCCCAAGACUAUUGAAAAUUGCAGAUCACUGGAGGAGCUGAAUGCCAACUUCAACAAGCUAACCAGACUCCCAGACACCAUAGGGUUUGAGCUGGUGAACCUGAAGAAGCUCUCAGUGAACUCCAACAAGCUCGUCUUCCUCCCUCACUCCACGUCCCACCUCACCACCCUCCGCGUCCUCGACGCCCGCCUCAACUGCCUCCGUUCCCUCCCCGAGGACCUCGAAAACCUCAUCAACCUCGAAGUCCUCAAUGUCAGCCAGAACUUCCAGUACCUCGCCACCCUACCAUACUCCCUGGGCCUCCUCAUCUCCCUCGUCGAAUUGGACGUCAGCUACAACAAGAUCACUGCCUUGCCCGACUCCGUCGGCUGCCUCAAGAAGCUCCAGAAGCUGAGUGUUGAGGGGAACCCUAUGGUGUCGCCGCCACCGGAGGUGGUGGAGAGGGGAGUGUAUGCAGUGAAGGAGUACCUGAGCCAGAGGAUGAAUGGGGCACACAAGGAGUCCCCCAAGAAGAAGACUUGGAUGGGGAAGCUCAAGAAAUAUGGUACAUUCAAUGGUGCACUGUCCAAUAAUGUACCACGUAAUAGUGAGGAGAGAGAAGGGUUUAUAAUGCCCAAUUAUAGGAGCAUUGAUGGGCUUGCUUCACCAAGAUACAUGGGGAUGUUUUCACCAAAACGUUUGUUCUCACCCAAGACCUACUUUACAAGAUGAACGGGAAAUCGAUUUGCAUGGCAGAAGCUUCUUGCGCUCGAUCUGCAUUGCAGGGCAGAAGUUUCAAGUCUCGUGCAUUGAAUUAGCCUUUAUAUAUAUAUAUAUAUAUAUUUAUGUUUCUGUAUUUAUGUUUAUGUAAUAAUUGUGUAUGGGUAAACUUCAUGCAUUGAGGUUUGAAGUGGUUUUUUUUGUUUUUUUGUGUUGUGAUAUAUUUAGGUUUUGAGAUUUGAGUGGUAUAAGGUUUUGGUAGUCAUGGAGUUUUGGUAUGCAUUUACAUUGAGAUUACAUAGUGGUUGGUAGUCAUGGAGUUUUGGUAAAUGGGUUUUAUAGCCCGUGUUUGAAAAACUAAAUGGUUCAAGUUUCAGAAUGUUGAACCUUUUCUUUCAGUUGGAUGUUUUAUGUUCAUGAA